GAAAACAGGAAGAAAAGGAAAGAGAAGAGAGGAAAUCAAAAGAGAGAUCAUCAUACGGGAGAAGCAGAGGCGAUGAUACAGGAACAAAAAGCUCAAAGAAGAAAGAAGAAGAGGAGGAAGAUGAUCCUUAUGCAGAUGAAGAAUUUGAGGAUUACGAAGAAGACUUUGAGGACGAGGAAGAAGAGCCAAAGCCUACAGUUAAGACCUCUAAACAGAGGUCGCCUAAAAAUUACGAGGAUGAUGAAAUGAAUGAUUUAUUGAGUGCACUUGACAAAGAAAAUGAACGCCUGUUGCAAGAAUCCAGAGCUACCAGUGGUCGUCAAAGGAGCCGAUACGAGGAUAAAAGAGAAGAUGACAGAUAUGACAGAGAGCGUAAUCAAAGAAACAAUGACAGAGAAGAUAGCGACGACGACCAGCCGAAAGUUUCCCGAUCAAAGACACUCAUUAACUUCAUGGGAGCAAAGAAACGUGCGAUGGUGAGCCAUGCUGGUGCGGUGAUUGGCAAGCGUGCCCAGGAUCUGUUACAGAUGAUCGAACUUGACACCGCGGAAUAUGACCUGUUUGACAUGCCACCAGUCAAAGAGUAUGACCUCUACAUCAGGAGUUUUGGACGCUCGGAUACAACUCAGGCCUACGUCCAAACUAAUGAUGAUGAUAUUGACCGGGAGGUACAGACAGAUGAGAUUGACGUGCGCCAGAAAUGGACACAACAUCCUGCGGAAGAUUAUAACGGGUGUGGAAGAGGAGACGGGGUCAAAGACAUAGAAGAAGAGGAACAGUCUUAUGUAAACAAACAACUGGAUCUGAGUCGCCUCAGUAAAUUUGUACAGAAAGCAGGACAGGUGAUCUCAAUUCUACUUGAUGAGGAAAAAGACAUGACGAAAUCUGAUACGAGUGAAAACAAAUCCAAUGUUGGUGUGAGUGAGGGUUAUACACAACUGGCCCGACUACCCAUACUGAAGGGUCGCUGUGUCCUGUAUUCACAGUUCGCACCAUCUCAGCCGAACAUGUUGAUUACGGCCUACAGCAAGCCUGCACAGGAAGAUGACGGAAAUUCUAUAACAAAGAAGGGGAUAGUAUGUGUCUGGAACACAGAUGACCCGUCCUACCCACAGAGAAUUUUGGCGUGUGAGUCCCAGCCAACAUGUUGCUGUUUUAGUCCCAACAAGACGUCCCUGGCGUUUGCCGGCAUGGUGGAUGGGUCUAUAUGUGUUUGGGAUUUAAGAGAACAGUCGUCCAUGCACAGAUCCAUUUCCUACGACAACCGAGAACAUGUCCUGCGAUAUCCAACUUUUAAUACGGCUGGAGUGAUGGAUACAGAUAAUCACCACAGUCCUGUGACUACCCUCAACCCUGUAUCCAGUUACUCCUUACAUACUGCUGACUCAGCUCGAAGUGAAGACACAGGUACAGGGCUGUCUUUCCAGCUGAUAUCGUGCGAGGAGCAGGGCGUUCUUAAUUUCUGGGUGGUAGCAGAGAUUGCCUCUCCUGAUAUGGCUGGGUCAGAAACCGACCUUGGGCUCUCACCAGGAGGGAAAAUUAAACUUAUAAAAAGUUCAGCUAUUACCUUACAACACCCUCCAAGGUAUAAGAGGGUAGGAGUCAGUCUACGAGCCACGGAAGUACAGCUAUCUCCCACCGACCCCAACCAUUACUACAUAGGGACUGAUUCUGGCUAUAUACUACACGGACUCCGGUUUGGUAGCCGUGCCUUCCCCUCGUCAUACUCGACAGGCAGUGAUGCCCCAAUGGACAUAACAACACUAGACUUCUCCCCCUUUGGACAUCCUUGUUUCUUGGCUAGCUGUAACGAUGGAUCUGUUCAUCUUUAUAAUAUAAAAACAGAGACACCCGUUAUGACAUGGUCCUCUAAGAUCUGGGAUACACAGACGCUGCGAUGUGUUCGAUGGUCACGGAGUCGGCCUUGUGUCUUCUAUGUAUUGGACGACAAUGCACGCCUCUUCACCUUUGACAUCCUAGAGGGCGACUCCAUGCCUGCCAAGAUAGACACACUAUCAUCACAGGACAGAGUUGUGCACCUGCAGUUCACUUCUGACACCAAAGGCUCAACACAAGGUCGAUUUCCUCAAAUGCUUGUGAGUCAUGAAUCAGGAGAGACAGAAAUCCACACAGUAGCGAAGCAGUACAGAGAGCAGCAGACCCUGGAGAGUGACUUCCUGCCAAGUUAUCUGAACCGCUUCUGAUGCAACAAAAUGGUACAGGACAGAUUAGAGACUACUAUUCACCAGUGAACUAUUACAGCUUUACUGAAGACAAGAGAGGAGAGAUAUACCUUUCUAAUAACCUCUCGCAGAUCAGGUCAUAUUAAUAUUAAAACAGCCACAACUUUAGAUCUGAGCGCCAUUUUACGACUUUGAAAGGGGAAUCUCACCAUGUUCUAUUUUGUAAUGUAGUCUUGUGGUCUCAUACACUGUUGUUGUGAUGAAACAUUGGUCAUAAGUUAUACAUACGUGGCUCAUAAAAUCUAGAAUCACAAAUUAUAUUGUAGUAAUAACAGAAAGUGGAAUGUUGGCCCUACAAGAUGUACAUUACAUUGUAGACAGAAGGCUUCUCUCUACUGAGUAGCCUACUCUCGGUGAGAUGUAGUCAGGUCAAACAGGUGUCUCAUUAGACAGGGUUCACAGUUCAGCACUUUAUUUUUGUCGUGUAAGAGAAAUAGAUAAACAAUAAUUGAAUUUGUGCCAAUUGUAUAUUACACGACUUGUACAUCUCCAAAAGCUGUUUUCAUAAACGGUAUGACUGUGUGAGCUCAAGUCAUGAAAAUGUUAUAGACAGUAACUGUAUUAGUUGUCAGUUUGUUUUUCCAAGAGAGUUUUCAGUUUAAUAACUAUGUAUAUUGUAAGGAGAAAUGUUUGACUCUUUAGUAAGCAUGACAGAUAAAAAAAAACCUUGAUCAGGAGAACAAUUUAUUUUAUGAACCUGACCAAAUGGCAUCACUUUAGUCAAUUAUCAUCUGAAUGUGAUUCAUACAGUAUCAGUGCUUUGGAAGAAAUGUUCAUUUUGAUUUAAUGAAAUAAAGAUGUAUUUUGUUAAUGUUGGCAAGGAGUUUUCACCAUGCCCAGCAUUUUGUCAAUAGUCCGUCCACAAACCAAGUCGACAAGUGUUCAGAGGAACUAUCUGUGAUAAACUAUUUAUUUAUAAUUGUUCAUAUCAUUAUAUAAUAUCAAAAAUAAGAUAUGCUCAUAAUUCAUCUGGCCUUCGCUAUAAGAACAAAGUAUCCUUGAUACUGUAGAAUGUGUAAUGUGUUAGACUUAAUAAGCAUGGUGCCCUUACUAAAGUACAAAAGGGGACACACUUAAUAAAUAAAACAAAGAGUUAUUACACAUAUCACGUGCAUUAAGCAACCUUUUUAUGGACUUGAAUUAAAUGUGACCAUCCCCCAGAAAAAUAUGGAUGUCCAUUAUCAGGGACAUGUAUGCUUAUUGAGUCGACCACAGUAUUAUUAGCUGUAUAUGUGUGUUACGUGUUUCAUAAUAUUGCACAUCAUUGUGAUUAUAUUGUUAUUUUUUGAUAAUAUAAUAAUGUUGAUUAUGAUUAAGUUUGUCUAUUUUAAUUACAAUUACACUCAUGUCGAUAAACAUCUAGAAUCUCUCCAGUUGUUUCGGUCACAUCGCCCCUAUACAUGUCUAGGUCACAUCGCCCCUAUACAUGUCUAGGUCACAUCGCCCCUAUACAUGUCUAAGUACAAUUGUAGCAUAGCAAUAAAUACAGAUCCAGAUAUAUUUUCAAUUUGCUAAUUACAUCCAUGUGUUUAAGUCUGUUAGGUUAAUCUAUUCAAAAAUAAUGAAUUGUAACAUCAUUAUCUCUUGACUAAUGAUCGUGAUGUGACAUUAUGGUUGACUUAGUCCGACACUACCAGUCGAGAUAGUGAGAAAUUUUCCCUGUAUUUACUAGGAUAAUUUACUCCCACUCAAAAGAGGACACAGACUUGUGAGUUUUUCCAGGGUAAAUAACUAUACUUUAGAAAUCAAGGUAGAUUAUUUUAUCAAUAGUUCUUUUAGAUUCUUGUAUGUAAAUGUACUUAUUUUAGCACUUUUCUCGCUGAAAGAACUCCGCUAAAUUAACGAUUAUUACAAUUUCUGUAAAUUGUUUCCUACGACAGCUAUUUUGGGUACGUUGUUGCAUCAUUGCGGUAAUAUAUUUAAAUUAAUUGAUGCACUAAAAUUUGAGUACACCAAAUAAAUAACUUUACAGUAAUUUUCCUAAGUAUGUGCUUGGCAUUAAAUCUGCAUCUCUUGCUGUGUUGGCAGGAACUGGCUAGUGGUUGACAUAAUCACCAAGAACCAUUUGAUGAAUGUAGGUUGGUUUCUCAGCAAAGAAAACUAUUUAUCAUUUUUCUUUUUUUUUUCUUUUAAUCAUCUGGUCAUUACUAGAUGUGUUGAUUUGGAAUUUGUGUUGCUGUGAUAGCAGUUCUGGUCGAGAUCUUUACAAAUGUUGGUAGAAGUAUGAAAAGAGAAUGAAAUAAACAAAAAACAACAUUGUCCUCAAAUUCAUUGAGAAUGAAUUAUUUUUGUUUAGAAAUUGUGUCAUUUCUUAUUAAAAUUUGUAGGUGUAAAAUAUUUGUUGCAGAAUGUGAGAGGUUGUCACAAAUGAUGAACUGUGAAGAAAUUUAUCAAAGAAACAGAAUAAACCACCUAAAAGUC